AAAAAUGCAACAAAAAAACUACUUUUGACGUUUACUUAACAAAAGCUGUAUCCCUUCUAGCCAUUACCCUUUUGUUCUCCCUGACCUAUACGGUAUUUUGAUUCGUCUGAGGCUAUGAUGUGUUAAAAUUGAAAGUGAAAGAGUUCUCCYCACUAAACGCUGACACAUUUAGCUAACACAGUUUACCUUGACAGCGUUUAACAAAGUAAUAGGGGUAGAAAAGUAAAGUGCAGUAAGCUGUCUCACCUUUCACAAGGGGUCUCGGUUUGUGGAUUCGUUCGCCCAUCUUKAUUGAAGAUGCUCAAUAAUUCUCGACCUUGCCAACCUCAAAGCGCUGGUUUUUCCUUCGAAAACACUCGCAGGAAUGCUGUGUUGGAAGGGAAUUUGUCUGAGCUUGGUUACAGUUCUCCUAAGGCAAGGAAGACUGGAACCACCAUCGCUGGCAUAGUCUUCAAGGAUGGGGUGAUACUUGGAGCUGACACAAGAGCCACUGAUGACAUGGUGGUAGCUGACAAGAAUUGCAUGAAGAUCCACUACAUUGCACCUAACAUUUACUGUUGUGGAGCAGGUGUGGCUGCAGACGCAGAAGUCACCACUCAGAUGAUGUCAUCCAAUAUGGAGCUGCACUCACUCAGCACAGGACGCCCUCCCCUUGUUGUCACGGUUACCCGACAACUGAAACAGAUGCUCUUUAGGUACCAGGGACAUAUUGGCUCCUCUCUGAUUGUUGGAGGUGUGGAUGUGACUGGCGCUCACCUCUACAGCGUCUACCCACACGGCUCCUACGACAAACUACCAUUCCUUACCAUGGGUUCAGGAGCAGGUGCAGCUAUUUCAAUAUUUGAGGACAGAUACAGACCAAACAUGGAGCUGGACGAGGCUAAAAAGCUGGUGCGGGAUGCCAUUGCUGCUGGGAUUUUCUGUGACCUGGGCUCUGGCAGCAACGUGGACCUGUGUGUCAUCACCCAGGCAGGGGUUCAGUACCUUAGGGGCUAUGACCAGCCUGUCCAGAAGGGGAAAAAAGAAGGACAGUACAAGUACAAGCCUGGCACCACUGCAGUUUUGACAAAGACUGUCACACCCCUGCCUCUGGAUGUUGUUGAUGAAUCAAUUCAGCUCAUGGACACUCAGUGAAAUGUAUGCUGCAGCAGGAAUCAUCAAACACACUUGUGAAUUCCAACACUCAUUAGCAAAAGUAUCUACUUUAUAGCUAAGAUGAACUUGUGAAUUGAUAAUGGCAUUGGGUUUUGCAUAGCUUAUUACACAUACUUGGCAGAUUAAUUUACUUUCAAAACAGUAUUGCAGUGUAUGAAACAUUAAAAGGCAAUAAAAUAUUUCUUACAUGCGAUAAUGGCAUUAAGUAUCAGCAACAA